GACACGGUCAAUAAGUUCUACGGCUUUUUAGACACGGUCAUUUCCAACGCGCCCGAAGUGCUUCUCUCCGCAGCCAACGCUCCCUUCUUCGCGCAGUACCUCCGUCUGCUGCGCGACGGCAUCGCUGCGGGCUCGUCGAUGCUGGUGGCGAAGACGUGCCUCGCCUGCUUCCGAAAACUCUGCGAAAAAUGCCUGGAUCCCGCGGUGCAGGUCCCCGAAGAGUGCCGGUCGGUGCUGCGCGAGGUGCUGCUGAGCGAGGUGGUUCCGGUGGCGUUCACGCUUCAUCAGUGUCCCGCGUUUAAAAUGGCGGAUCCGCAGGCGAAUACCGCGAUUAAUGAGAUCGGUUUGCUGUUGUUUCAUACGGUGAAGAAGAACGCGGAUAUUUCGACAUGGUUUUUCGAUGUGUUUUUAACGAAAAAUGGAUGCUCGCAGGAGAUGAUCAUGUCUUUUAGGAACCUGCUCGAGAAGAAGAGGGCCGACGAGCUGUGCUCCUAUUUGCGUUCUUUCUUUCGACAACUAUGCAGCUCGUAGUUUUAGUU